AUGGCUGCUGUACCUCAAGCCCCAGGAGUGCCGGGACAGAAUGGUCAGCAAAGAACGCUGGCUUCAUACCUAAGAUACGUGCUGGUUGCAAUUGCACUUUUCAAUGUCAUCAAGAAAACUUUUGAUUCUCCAAAGACUGUCAAUCCAUUAAGACCAGUCGAAGGCGACCUGGAUACGAGAUCACUAAGCUUUUCUCAAAGGCUCUCUCGUCAUAUUUUAAAUGGAGCUCUUGAAAAGAAGGGCAUGAAGGCAGAAGACUUAAAGAAAAGUAAACAAAGAGUAGCUUAUGAGCAAGGCCUUAAUUUGCAUCCAAUUGAAGGAGAUAUAUUUGUUUUUCAUCAACCACCGGUUCUGGAAAUGGCAAACAUAACUUCAACUGUGUACAUCAAUGGAACAAUUCCAGAGGAAGUGGAAGAAGAAGUCCCUACAAGAGAAUUCCUCGUUUAUGGCAACUCCCAGUUACCACCCCAGCUAUUUUCACCAGCUUUGGGUCCGGAGGAUGAUUUACAAUUCGAAUUUUUCAUAAACACGAAUAAAACUUUUGAGCGUGAAGACUACCAUUCCCAAGGGAAUUGGAAAUUGCGAGGAGGGAUUAAUAACAUAUAUGCUAAUACUAUCCCAUGGGGGUCGCUAGAAUAUAGUUAUAUCUUGCCAGAAGAUUACAACAGCGAGCCAAUCUAUUUGCACCUUUAUCUUUCCAAAGAUAGGUGUUACAGCACUGAUGACAAUAGCAAUGACGUGUGCGAUUUCCAUGGCAAAAGAACAAUCGAAUUAACAUAUAUGUCCUCAAAGACUAGGGAAAAUGACAUGCAAGAGUCAAUGAAUAGUAAUAAUGCGAUUGAAAAGGACAAUCUGUCGAAUGAGGACGGUAAAUCGCUUUAUUACUACCCUCGUAUCGAAAUCUUGAUUGGAAAGCCAAUUGGGAUCCUGACUGAAGCGAACGUUCCUAGCUAUCUCAAGGGUUUGAUGGCAUUUGAUGAAAGUGGCAGACGCGACAAUACUACUGGGAUGGCACAAGCCUAUUUCCCUCCUGUUUUGCACAACAACUUAAUGCGGAAAAGUGAAGAUGUGAUUGAGCUCAAUUCCAGCAUAAGCAUCUUGCCAGUUUAUUUGACAGUCAAAGUUCCGAAACCAUGGAAAUUCUAUUCGAUAGCUUACGUACAGAAUUCCUUGAUGGGUGCAUCCGAAGUUUUUGAUGCAUAUACUCCUCAGUUCCUGAAAAAGCAGUUUGGGUUCAUUUAG